UCAGCCUUAAAUGUUUAUUCAUUCGUGAUUGAGUCAUGGCUUCGUCCGUUCUUUACAAUUUAUAGCUGCUAUUGUAAACAAAUUUACCAAUGAUAUAUCCGUUAUAUAUUUAAAUGUCGAAAAUGAAGAAACACGGCUUAAUAUACGCAAGCAAAACUGAAGAUAAAUCUAUAUUGUAGAAUAUUUUAUCUUUGUACGACACGAAUGGAGACUGUUCGCAUUUUAAGGUUAAGUUAAAUUUGCUGUUGAAUCUUAAGUUAAAUCCUGCUGAAAAUAGAAAAAUAAAAAGGAACAUCGAUCGCUUUCAAGAUGACAUUACCUGGCAUUGGGGUAUUUGGCACAGGCAGUAUUGUUAGAAUUAUUAUACCUUUCCUGAGAGAGAAGGGUUUCAGGAUCGAAGCUAUAUGGGGUCGUACGUUGGCAGAGGUUUCAGAGGUGGCGAAAGAUCUUCAGAUACCUUUUCACACCAGUCGCAUAGAUGAUGUUCUUCUAAGGAAAGACGUAGACCUGAUCUUCAUAAUGUGCUCACCAAGUCUGCAUUCACAAAUUAUGGCAGAUGAUAAUGUUGACGAAGCUAUGGAAAUCGAAGUUUUACCCUCCACGAGCAAUAGUGAUAUGAAAAUCAAGGAAAGGGACGGAAAAUCUGUAAAUUUACCAUGGAUUGAAAAAUAUCGACCUCAAGUGUUUUCCGAUAUUGUUGGCAAUGAAGAUACUAUAACCAGAUUAUCAGUCUUUGCUCAACAUGGAAAUGUUCCAAAUAUCAUCAUUUCUGGUCCACCUGGAGUAGGUAAAACUACUACAAUUUUAUGUUUGGCUCGUACUCUAUUAGGACCAGCAUUUAAGGAAGCUGUACUUGAACUGAAUGCUUCGAAUGAAAGAGGAAUAGAUGUGGUUAGAAAUAAAAUCAAAAUGUUUGCACAAAAAAAGGUGAAUCUUUCAAAAGGAAAGCAUAAAAUCAUUAUUUUAGAUGAAGCAGACAGCAUGACUGAUGGUGCGCAACAGGCAUUACGUCGAACAAUGGAAAUUUAUAGUAACACAACUAGAUUUGCUCUUGCAUGCAAUAAUUCAGAGGAAAUUAUUGAGCCUAUACAAUCACGAUGUGCUAUGUUAAGAUAUGGAAAAUUAACGGAUGCUGAAGUUUUAGCUAAAAUCCUCGAAGUCUGCAAAAAAGAAAAUAUUUCUUAUACAGAUGAUGGUAUGGAAGCGAUUGUGUUCACAGCUCAAGGAGAUAUGAGACAAGCUUUAAAUAAUCUGCAGUCUACGCAUAAUGGAUUUAAUCAUGUAAAUGCAGAAAAUGUAUUUAAAGUCUGUGACGAACCUCACCCUUUAAUUGUCAAAGAUAUGUUGGAUAAUUGUAUAAAAGGAGAUGUUACCAAAGCAUGCACGGUUAUGGAUCAUUUCUGGAAAAUGGGAUAUUCUGCAGAAGAUAUAAUCGGCAAUGUAUUCAAAGUUUGUAAAAAUCAUGUUAUGGAUGAGAAACUAAAACUGAAAUUUGUUAAGGAAAUUGCAUUGACACAUAUGGGAAUAGUAGAAGGUAUUAGUAGUUUGUUACAGUUACAUGCCCUAGUAGCAAAGCUUUGUCGCAUUUGCAUAUCGAAGUAAUUGUAAAAAAAAUGAUUAUACCUUAUUAUCCUUUAAUAAAUAUGUUUAUACAUUUUCAUUAUAUAUAUUUUUAAUGUCUCAUAAUUUUGUCAGGUUUGGAAAUAUCUCGACAAAUUAUUUUUCUGAAUCUUUAUUUUUUUGUAAUACACGCACGACAUUCGUAGAAUAUAUUGUACUUGGAAUUCUCUUAGUUCAUUCUAUUUCAAAGUAGAGUCACAAUAACUUUGUACAUUUAUACAUUAAUAUAACACAUUUGCUUAUGGUUCCUAUUUGGACCGAUCGCAAAUAUUCUUUUAAUAAUAAAAAAAAUUUAUACAUUUUAUUGAUAAUCUUAUGAAUUGCAGUGUAGAAUUGCAGUGUAAUGAGUUUAUCAUUUUUACAUGUAUAGUUUGCAUUAGUAAAUAUUACGCAUUUUAUUUAGAAGCUCAGCUCAUUAAAUUAUGUAGAGUACUUGACGUUUCUAAUGCUCAUGAAGCAUUAUUCGUUCUUAUUUGAUAUUCGGGGAACAACAAAAAUUAAAUAUUAAUUUCUAUUAAAAGCUGGAAAUCAAAGCUGAAAAUUAAAAGACAUAAUAUUCUCUUAGAAAGCAUAUAUAAAUAUAAUUGUUUUCAUCAAUAACUUUGUUAGGAGUGAAGACGAGUAUGCAUUUCAAAAUACAUGAUAGAGAUUUUAAGCAAGUACUUUUUAAACUUAGGCAGUGCAUCUGUCAUCAAAUUUAUCCAAAGUUGAAUAUCUGUAAUAAUAUAUACGACUUAUCAGUCUUGUUUUUUUUUAUUCUCUCAAAGAGAUAAUACUUCAUUUUAGGAAAUGAAUAUAAGAUUUCAUGAGAAUAUUAACUAAAGAAGAAGAAUAUUAACUAAAAUAACCUUUGUUAUUGAUUCUAUUCUCAUGACAUGAUAUGUACUCUUAAUAUAUAACAUACUAUAAUUAUUAUACCAUAUAUAUGUAUCUUAUUAUAUACUCAUAAAACUAAUCUUAAUUAUAGACAAUC